AUGUCAAGUACUAUUAACGGCAUUCUGGCACAGCGAGAAAAAGAUAAUCAACCCUAUCCUGCUUUCGACUACGCCAUCGUUGACUGCACGCACGAGCUGAUCUUUAAUCGCACUUAUCUUAAUCAGAUCGACCACAGCUUAGACCUGCAAUUCUACGGAUCUCUUGAAAACGUGCGAUAUCAUACAAAUUCCUCCAACCCGAAUCCGAACUACGAGUUGCGCUGUCCUGGUUGA